AUGGAAGACAACGGACUUCGCCCCCUUAGUCGCUACAUCACCACCCACGAUGAGAAUGGCGUUACCGGCUUUCAAACCCAAACUCCCGAAACCCUGCAAUGGCAACAGCUUGCUAACGGUGCCCGCUUCUCUCUUGGCUAUGCCACGAACGAGACGCCCGUUGAUCUCAGCGACGACAAGGACCUGGGCAUCUAUCGAUCGUACCUGAGUGACCUACCCGGCAUCACCAUCCCUGGAGGCACGGUCUUGCGAGUCGUUGAUAUGAACCCUGGCUCAAUCUCACCAAUGCAUCGCACAGUCAGCCUGGAUUAUGGUGUCGUCUUGGAAGGAGAGGUUGAAAUGAUAUUGGAUUCGGGGGCGAAAAGACUGCUCAAAAGGGGUGAUAUUGCGGUGCAGCGCGGCACGAAUCAUGCAUGGAGGAAUCCGAGUAGUACGACUUGGGCGCGUAUGCUUUAUGUUUUACAGGAGGCGAAGCCAAUCCAGGUUGGAGGCAGACCGCUGGAGGAAGACUACGGUGGUGGUAUGGAUGAUGUGAAACCAUCGAAAUAA